GUAGUCAAAGUGCGUAUUUAAGGUGUGGUAUUACGAGAUAGUCCUUGUACAUAUUUUGGUUGGUAACACGUAACUUUCGCACCCUUUUGUGCAACCUUGAAAGCAAAGCGCCACAUUGUCUCAAGGUCUUGAGCUAUCAUUUUUUGGCUGCAAUUCAGGAACUUUGUUUACCAGACGCGGGACAUUUUGCAUUGAUGAAAUCAGAUGUAUAGUGUUCUUGUAGUCAGUUGUCGCCGAAGCGUGUUCAGUGGUUCACGUUAGAUGAUUUUGCAAUGGCGUUUCUUAUCCUAAAACCAGUCAUUUGUUUAUUGAGUUCUAUUUCAUCAAAAAAAUCUGUUACUUUGUACAGAGCUGCAAGAAGGGGAUUUUGUUCUAUAACCCAUGGGAAAACAGAAGAAAAAAAUGAAUUAAUCACACCAGUUUUUCAAAUUGCAACCAACCAUUUAAAUAAAAUUGCAUUGAAAGACAAAAAUGGAACUCAUACUUAUCAAGAAAUCUUACGAAAAAGCUUAUUGCUGGCUAGAAAGAUUCAAGGAAAGCUUGGAGUUAAUAAAACUCAAGAACGAAUUGUUUUCCUGUGCCCAAAUGAUGUUACAUAUGUCCUUGCACAGUGGGCAUGCUGGGCGUCUGGUCACAUAGCGGUUCCUCUGUCUCCGAUGCAUCCGCCAUCAUUACUCUCAUACUACAUUCAGGAUUCAGAAGCUUCCUUGGCGAUUACCACGUCAGACCCAUCAAAUGUAGAGUUAAUGGCAUCUUUGUCUUCUAACUUGAAUAGCCUUCCGUUAUUAGUUAUUGAUGACUCAUGGUCGCAUCAAGAUUCGUCGUCUUCUCGGUCUGUCGGUGACAAAAAAUCUGAGAACAUUUGCUCAAGUGUUAGAGUUGAAACGAGUCCACCGUCCAUUGAUUCGACACUGGCUGGGCUUUUAAGCGAGUUUUCGAUGCCUGAUAAUUUCUAUACGCAAGCAAAUGCCAUGAUUCUAUAUACCAGCGGGACUACUGGAAAACCUAAAGGAGUCCUACUGAGUCACGUAAAUAUCGACUCCCAAGUCCGUUCCCUGAUUACCUCGUGGUCUUGGUCGCCUGCUGAUGUAAUCCUUCACACCUUGCCUCUGUAUCACACCCAUGGAAUCGUUAAUGCUCUUCUUUGUCCACUCUAUGUUGGCGCCAGGUGCAUAAUGCUGCCCAAAUUUGAUGCCAAUUUGGUGUGGUCUAAUCUUUUAGGUGUAAACAUGUCAAACGGUGAAAGACCAACCGUAUUUAUGGCCGUACCCACUAUUUAUUCAAUGUUAAUUAACGAGUAUCAGCGCAAGUUUGCUGGCAAUCCUAAACUAAAAGAGUACGUCAAGACCACUUGCUCGACAAAGAUGAGAUUGAUGGUCAGCGGCUCGGCACCUUUACCGGAGUCCGUCUUUCAUCAAUGGCGAUCCAUUACGGGACAUCAGCUGCUGGAACGCUACGGAAUGACAGAAAUAGGAAUGGCGCUAUCUAACCCCAUUAAAGGAGAGCGCAGACCUGGUCAUGUAGGCUUACCUAUUCCUGGUACGCGUGUCCGGAUCGCUGAGUUUAAAACUAGCUCCGACGGUUCUAAAGUAUACUACGACAUCCUAGCAGAAGGCAAUUCUAAGGCCACCAAAGUUGAACCGGGCAAGGCUGGACUUUCAGGCGAGCUUCUUGUCAGAGGUAACAGCGUUUUCCAGCGUUAUUGGAACAAACCCGAUGCGACAGAGAAAGAAUUCACAAAAGAUGGAUGGUUUAAAACUGGAGACAUCGCCCAAUUUAACAACGGUUACUACAGAAUUCUCGGAAGAGCAUCUGCUGAUAUAAUCAAGUCGGGAGGUCACAAACUUAGCGCCCUCCAGAUUGAAACAGAAUUGUUAGCUCAUCCACGUAUUAGCGAUUGCGCUGUUGUUGGUUUACCUGAUCCCGUUUGGGGACAACUGGUGGCGGCUGUUUUGGUUCCUAAGGAGCGUAGUAAACUGGAAAUUGACGAGCUUAAGUCGUGGUGCAAAAAACAUGCAACCAUGGCACCGUAUGCUAUUCCCACAGUUUGGAAAGUAGUAGAUAGCAUACCUCGGAAUGCCAUGGGAAAAAUCAACAAAAAGGAUUUGGUAAAUCAGAUAUUCACUUUGCCUACUUCUCCGUAGACUUAAGCUAUAUUUUAACCGUGCCAACUAUUUUAUCAAUUGUAUUGUUAUUCAUGAGCUUGCCUUCGCUGUAUAUUCCCAAUUGUGUUUAUUAUCAUAUUGACAUUUUUCAGGUGGUAUAAUAAAAUUAAAGCAUUUAA